AUGGUGCUCGACCAUUGUCCCACGUUUGUUUGUUCUCGUCACGUAGGUCAUCGUCUUCCACCCUUUCCCCCGCGGACUCCAAGCUCUCUUUUCAUCGACGCCUCGUUGAUCUUCAGUGGGAUCUCGGGGUAUUUAAUUACUGAGAUCGCUGUUCAGCUUCUCAAUGAUGGCUGGACUGUUCGAGGAGCAGUGAGAAAUGAAAAUAAAGCGAAAACAUGGGAGAAGUUGUAUUUUCAGUUCAAGGAAACACUUGAGUGGUCAUACGUCCCCGAUAUUGUUAUUGAAGGAGCAUUUGACGACGCUGUUAAGUCCGCUGAUCAUCAGGGUGUUGAUUAUGUGAUUUAUACAGCUUUCCCUCUGGGAGUCCGCUGUAAUGACCCAGAAGCCGACAUGCUACUUCCUGCCAUCAGAGGAACUUUGAACGUUCUCAAAGCUGCUCACAAGGUGGAAGGGAUACGAAGAAUCGUAGUGACUUCGUCUUUCGGAGCCAUGGAGGAUUAUGGUCAACCUUGGAACCCGGAUUUGGUGUAUGAUGAGAGUUGUUGGUGUCCUAUCACUUAUGAGAGGGCGUGUCAAGAGAAGAUUGAUGAUGCGCUGAUAUACUGUUGUUCAAAGAAAGAGGCCGAACAAGCUGCUUGGAAAUAUAUGGAGACUGAGAAACCACCAUAUGAAUUGAGCGUAGCCAUCCCUACCACAGUGUUCGGACCUACGAAACAACCUGUCAAAACUCCCGCAGAUCUGCCACUCUCCUGUCAACGUGUAGCAGAAUUCUUCGACGCCAAAUCCAUUCCGACAGCUCCUGUCGCCCCUCCCUGUGUGGAUAUAGGGGAUAUGGCCACAUGCCAUGUUCGAGCCAUGUUACUCCCUCACGCAGCAGGUCAACGGUAUUUAUGCGGCGUCAACGGGUUCACACAGGAGAUGAUUGCUAGCGUUCUAAAGAAGGCAUUCCCGGAUCAGGCACAUAGGAUACCACCGUUCAAAGAGAAGGCCGUGGAUGAUGUUUUCAAAUGGGACGGGAGCAAGUGA